AUGGACCCCUCCUUCUUUGCAGAGCAAUUCUUUGCCCUGUUUGACUCUGAUGAAAGUGGUACCAUCUAUCAGGACCUGUAGGAGGCACUGAGCCUACUCAUCCUCUGUAGCUGCACGGACAAACCCAAAUUCCUCUUCCAGGUAUCUGAUGUUGAUGGCGGCGGCUUCACAGACGCAGACCAGCUGCGCACGAUGCUGCAGUCGUAUCUGCCCGAGAGCGCCAUCUAGCUGCCGGACCAGUAGGACCAGCUGAUGCUGGCGCUCCUCCAGGGGGCGGACGAGGACAACAGCCACGCCAUCACCUUGGACAAGCUCCGGGACCAGCUGCAGCGCUUCCCCCGAGUUACGGAGAACCACGUCUCUGGGAUGUGCACUGGCCAUGUGCUGGUGAGCAGGCAGCGCCUCACGUGGCUGCGGGCCACGUGGCUGGCUCAGGUCUUGCCACCAGAGCAGUUCCACCAGCUCAUGGGCUACGUGGUGGUCGGGCUGUCCCUCAUGCACGCCAUGGCCCACAUUGUGAACUGCGGCUGCUUCCUGGAGCUGCCAUACACAGCAUCUUCACUGGGCCAGAAGGACAUGAAGGCCAUUGGGCUACGGAUAGCCUUCAAUCUCCUGGAAAAAGAGAAGAAGGGCUCCAUCCCAGGGCUCCAGACAUGUACCCAUCCUGGGCAGCCUGACUGCAGCCCCACAACCUGCAGGGUGGAGUCAGUCUGUGGCUGCCUAGCUCUGGCCAAGGUGCCUAAAGGCUAGCAGUUCAGUUUCAGAUUCUUCCCAGAGAACUUUUAG